GGCAGCGCAAUGCUACGCUGCAGGAGCAGAACUUGAGUGGAGACCAAAGGCAGCAGUAACAAUACAAAACUACUCUAAUUAAGACCCUCAACCAGAAGUUACCUCUCACAGGUGGGUGGCGUCGUUGGAAUAUCCCCCAGGAUGUGGAAACCGGGCAAUGCCGCCCUUGGCAAUUGGCUGUUAAUUGUAACAGCCGUAUUCGGAUUUCUAACUUUAAUAUGGAUUCCGCAGGCCUCAGCCGAAUGUCAAACGCGAUCGAUUUACUGCUAUGAGUGCGAUUCCUGGACAGAUGCCCGCUGCAAGGAUCCCUUCAACUACACGGCUUUGCCGCGGGACCAGCCCCCCUUGAUGACCUGCAACGGUUGCUGCGUAAAGAUGGUGCGGCAUCAGAGAUCACCGUACGAGGUGGUGCGACGCAUGUGUACGUCACAGUUACAGAUCAAUUUAUUCAUGGUCGAUCACGUGUGCAUGAUGGAAAGUUCAGGCAAUGGACAUAUGUGCUUUUGUGAGGAAGAUAUGUGCAAUUCUAGUAAAAAUUUACACACUAACGGCUGCCAGCUGCAUCUCAUACCCAUCGCAGUGGCAGUGAUAUGGCUAAUGGGUCAAUUGCUCAGCAGAUAGAAAGUGUUAGGAUCAUCCAGAAAUCCACAAGACAAACACACACACCACUCAGAACAUACAGAACAUAAAACACCAAGAGUAAUCCUACACAAACUAUCACCACUAUCUCUCUCUAUCCUCCUUAUCUCUCUCUAUCUCUCUAAGCGUAUGAUUUGUAGCUUGAUUUGAUUUAAUUACGGUUACGAUUUACAAUUUACGAUUUACAAUUACGAUUGAUUUGUUUUGGAGCACACCAAACACAGUUUUGCGAAAAGACGGGCUCCGUGUAGUUUGAUCAGCACCCAGCGAUAGCUCGAGAACCCGAUCCAAGGAAUGUGAAUGCAAUCCAAAGCUUCUACAGACCAGAAGGCUUUCUAUUUCCCACACACACACACUAGACACUAGACACUAGACACUAGAAGCCAGCUUUGGAUGCACAGUGUUCUUGAGAUCGAAUCGAAUCGAAUCGAAUAUCACAGUACUCGGUAUUUGAAUUGCAUGUUGUUGAUGCUAAAGCUGAAGCAUGUAGCGCUUAAGUAGGAAUCGUAGUGAUUAUUACAUUUUGAUUUCGUUGUUACUUACAUUUGUAAAUGCCCCCGACCAGAGGGACAAGCCGAACCCGAAACAAAAACCGAUAAACAGUAAUCAGUAACCGAUUCACUCUAGACCUUAGUUCUUAAACAACUCUAUCUAAAUCUAAAUUUAAAACUAAAGCUAAAACAAAAACCAAAUCAUAUGUAAACUUGGAAUAACGCGCCAAUUACUUUUGGCCUGUAAAUAGCGCCGAAAAUAUCAAAGAUCAUCCCAAAAGUAUUUGCCAGUGCGACCAAGUGAGACCAAGUGGAACAUUUGCUCAUCUUGUUUAUUCCAGAGUCGGAAAAGCGAACAAACUCCAUAAUAUGCAUAAACACGUUGAUGAUUUGUUGUUAAUACUCUCUGUAUCCCUAGAUAUCCUAGCCAUUAAGCUGUACUCUCGGUUCAAACCCCCACGCAUCAUAUCACGUAACGAAGCAACAAUGAGACCGUAGCCUAAUAUCGAUCUUAGUGUAGUUAGUUAGCCUCAUAGAACAACCUGCCACCAGCACCAAAACUGUAUAAAGUACCGAUCACCCUUUGGUCCCUUUGGUUUAUGUUCAACAAGUGAUAAUUAGCUCGUAAGUAGAAGAUAUCCCGAUCCCAAGAACCUGAUCCCCAGCCCAACCCAAAACCAAAACCAAAACCAAGAAAUCCCCCCAUCAUUGUGAAAUUGAAAUUGACUCAAUUCUCAUUCAUGCUAGUGAUAGUUUUAAAAAACGAAUCGAAUCGAAUCGGAACUUGUAGCUUACAUAGCUUAUGAUUUACAUUUAUUCGAAUUUGAAUUAAUAUUAUUAUGAAUUAAUUGAUUAAUUAAUCAAUAAUGGUUAUGAUUAUCCUCUCGACUAGAGUAUUCGACUUGAAGUUUUGUAUUUUAAGCGUAAACCGUUUUCGUUUGUAUAAUUGAAAAUUGGCUAAUAAACAACCAUUUUUACCAUACAUAUAUAUCUAUUUAUAUAUCUAGCAAAAUUUACUCUUAACUUUUGGCUUCGAUUUGCUUUACCUAAUUGCUACUCAACUCACUUAACUACUCAACUUUUCGACAUUCGUGCACUUUUGCCCACGCAUUUGUAAAAUACGUACUUACCCUCUAUACUUGGCUUUAGUUACUAAACAACAACAAAAAAAUGCUUAAUAGAUCGAUUGUCCAUUUCCGUCCAGCCGCGAAGCAUGCAAAACUACAUAGUUUCGUUGCUUUUUGGGCCCAGGUAAGUCACAAGCCAAAGAAAAAAUCAAUUAACCAAAAAAGAUAAAUAAACAAAAAGUCAAGUACAGUUGCGCACCGUUUUCUUAGUUCGCUCUUCUUGCCUCGCCUCGUAGACGGAUGGGAUUAUCGGAUUCUAUCUCAGUGGUACACACUCACAAACACACUCAAUCCAGCACCCUCCCAAGCCCCCUUCCCCUCCUUCCCGUACACUUAGCGAAAAAAAACUAAGAUCCCCAAAAUGCAAUGUUUACACCAUUUUCUUUUUUAGUUUCGAUUUGUAUAGUUUCCUGCUUUCCUGGUAUGUUGGUUUGUUCAAUAACAGAUAAACUUAUAUAUAUAUAUUUAACCACUAACUAUCUAACCGAUUUUGGUUUGUGAAUGUUGACAAUAUUCUUAUAACCAGUAUUUGAUUGAUUGAUUGACGGUUAAUGCGUUUAAACAGUUUACUAACAAUACAAAUAAAACCAAAAACAAAAACAUUAAUUAACAUAAUAAACAACGAGGCAUUGAAGUUUAAAACUUACACACAUGGAUUUGUAGUGCAAAAACAAAAACUUAUUUUAAUUUAGUACUUUUUGUAGUUCCUUCAACAUCUCUAUCUCUCAGCAGCGUCCACAACAACAACAACAACAUUCUCUAUAUAUUUCUCUUUCUCUGUACCUCCUCUAUAUAUCUCUCUGUAUAUCUUUCUAUUCGUUUAACUAUCUCUAACUCUCUAUCUCUCUCACUAUAUACUCUAACUAACAACUCUGUUUGAUCUUGCGACUCUGUUCUUUUUACUAACUUUCUUCCAAAAAACAGAACUACACAUAGAACAUAGAACUACAACUCUUUCACUAGAGGCACACACACCUGUAGAACGACAAGAAAAACAAAUAGAUAAGAACACUCAAUGACACCUGAAGACACUCACUGAAUGUUAGCGAAAUAUAUACAGAAAGUACAAUGCAGUUACAGAAUUAGCGAAGCACCUAGAAGAAACCCAAUCAAGACACUCAUGAAUACCACAGACAAACACAAUGGUGAAUUUUUACUACUCGUAGGCGCGUGUUUUUUCUCAAGCGAAAGAUCUAAGAAGUCUUUGUAAAGUAACUAACGUUUCGAGAGCCCCAUAUUUGUGGGCUGGAGCUUCACAUCCAUAGAUUCCUCACAAUACAAAAAGCACUAAAUUAAUAUCAAAGAUCUUACCAAUAAUAGCCUAUAACAAGGCUAAGCUAAACUUGAUAUUGGUAUUGGUUGUUGAAUAUUGCAAAGAAAAACAAAAGAACUAAAGGCAAAGAAACACUUAGAAGACCCCCCAAAAAAAAAGAAACCAACUCUCUAGAAGAAUCAGCAGUUGCUUUUAUUAUUUAAUUUUUAUUCAAUUUUUCCAUUUUGAAUUUAGCAGAAAUAAUUAAGAUUUUCUUCUAUUGAGUUAACCACCUCAGUUCACCUCACUCACCUCUUCCCACCACACCACUUUCACUCUCACAUUCUCACUUUCUCUGGCAUCGAGGCCGCCAGGUGGCGCGCAUAUGUUCCGUUACCAAAAAUCCAGAGCGCA